AUUAGAUAUUGAAUAAAAAAAAAUUUAUGAAAUUCAUAAAUAAAGAUAGAAAUACGACUGUAGAGUCUGUGUUAUGCGAAUGGCUAUGUUUGUUUCUUGCUCGUUUUCUUGCUCCGACAAUUGGAAUGAUCAAUUAAAUCAUAUCGCGCUGCGUUGCGAUCGAGAAAAGGAGAGAGUCUGAAGGAAGAGUAAGAAGAUAUUAUGACUGCGACGAAGACAAAAGAUUAUUAAAGCAAAAAAGAACGAUUGAGGAGAGUGAGUCAAUGAUUCAUAGGAACAUUGUUGUAGUAUAAGACAGUACUAAAGUAAUAAAGGAAGGAGGGGACUAAAAGAGAGAGAAAAAGAAAUGAAGAGAGAGACAGAGAACGAGAGAGAGGAGAGAGAGAGAAGUAAAGACAGAUUCCAGUGACUAGCGACAGCGAGACAGUCUUUGCGGGAGCCGCCUUCAGUUGCUCCCACGUGCAGUUCAGCUCGUUGAAUUUUAACGAGUUAAAUAUUAAGAAACAAUUGUACGAUUUCUGUUAGAAAGAUAUUUUUUAAAAAUAUUUCGUUUAAGAAAAAAAAGUAAUUGUUUAAAAUAACAAGUGAAGAGAAAACUUUCGAAAAUAAUGCGCCGCAAUGUUUGUCGCGAGAAAUGAAGUAAAAUUAAAUAUGCUAUAUUGUUUGUUUAUCGAUGCGAUACAGUUUGGAACAACUUGAAAUACAAGAAUAUACUGCAAAUAUUUUACAGUAGGAGAGUCUGUUGCAUUAUAUCGUUAAAUUCGGUUCAAAACUAUUGCUAAACGAAUAACUAUACUUUAUAAGUAUAAUAAUAAUAUUCGAAAAAUUAAUAAAUUGAACAGAAAACAAGUUACGAUGGGACUUAACGCCGAGCUCACUGCUAUACUUCGAGAUGUAGUGCAAUUUUUGGAAUUUCUUGGCGAAGUCAAACUUCCAACUAGAUUGGAGAAUAUUCGGGAUAAUCUGUUAAUACGUUCGAAAGACACAUUAACGAUGUUCGUGAUAGAGAGGAUAGGAAGAUCGGCUUCCCCGGAACCAUAUUUGAAUAUGAACGCAGCUGGAUCAAAAGGUCUAAUGGUAACAUUAAAAACAGAAACCGAAUUGCAAGAAUACGUAGGAGCAGAGGAACACCCUCAGAAACAGCAGCAGCAACAAGAUUAUUAUGAGGCAUUUCAAGGAAUGGAAUCGACGAAUAAUACUACAAUUGCAAUUCAUGAAACGAUCAAUAAUCGUCAAACUAAAGAAGAAGAAAUUGAACAUAUACUGGUGAACAUGUACGCGAAUUUUUCAGCGACAGAAACGAAAAGUAAAUGUCAAUUAUGUGGUCUCCUUUAUAGAAAAGAAGGAAAAAAAUUAUUUGUAUUCGAACAGUAUCGAUCGUGUUGGGUCGGUUUAGUUGGAUUACAUUUGUUAAUUUAUGGAAGCGAUCGAGACAAUCGUCCAUGUACGAUUUUACCAAUUCAUGGUUAUAUGGCUCGAGCUGCUCCAAAUGCAAUUCCUCGAGAUCAACGUCGAAGCGAAUCUACUUUUGAAAUUUUCCGUCCUGGUUGCAGAACUUUUCAGUUUUCUGCCAAAAGUCCGAAAGAUAUGGAACAAUGGAUAACAAAAAUUUGUGAAUUAGGAGGUGAAAAAAAGAUAGAGUCCAAAGAAUCGACAAGAGAAAUAGACAAUAUUGUCUCAAAUUGUAUUAUCAAACAAUCAAAUGAUUCAAUUCAAGAAGACUUGAAUUGCAAAGAAGAACGCUAUCAAGAUGUAAGUUCGCUAGGCGUCAAUGAGCCUCCUGAUAAAUCUUCAAACAUUCCGCUUGUUGCCAAUAAGGAAACAGAAAAAGAAGCAAACGAUUCUUCUAUAAAGGAUACUUUCCACGUAUCCAGUGAUUCUUCCCUUCCUCAAUUUUCCAAUAUUUCUGAUACUAUCACUACUUCUCGUCUUCAUUCAGCAUCUCCUCCUCCAUUACCUGCUCGAAUCCCCCGAAAAUUAUUGACUAUAUCUGUUCGAAAUUCGUCUUAUGAAUUUCCUGAUGAAGAAGAGGAUGAUAUUUAUCAUAAAAUCGAAGAAAUUAGAGAUACAACACAAUAUGGAAAUGUUGGUGAUACUUUUCAAUCUCAAAUUAAAAUAAAUGAUGAACAAUCGAACAAAAAAUCCACAACGUAUGAUGAUGUUCGUGCGAGCAUAAAAAGCGGACAUAAAUUUGAUGAUAAACGAAAGAAGAAAGAGACUAAGAGAAAAUCAAUUGCCUCACGAAAUGAAUUAACAUAUGAUGAUACUGCCAACACCAUGCCUGAAGAUAAUAAAGUUAUAGAUGAACAAAACAAAUUUGUAUCUUACGACAAUGUUGAGAAUAUAGUUUUGAAUACAAAAUCGAUCAAGGCUCAAACAACGAAUAAAACAGAUGAACCAUCAAAAUCACCACAAAAAAAAUCAUUUUUGAAUAGAAUGAGAAGCAAAAAGGAUUUUCCAAGAAAAAAUGAAAAAAAAACUAAAUGUAAAACUUCACCGCAGCUAUCGCCGUCUGUAAAUAAUCAAGAAUUACCCACUUACUAUGAUGAUAUAUCUGAUCUGAUGAAUAUUCAGCAAGAAACAAUUCGUGUCGAAGAACAACAAUCUGAGUAUACUUGUCCACCUCCACCUAGGCCAAUUUAUGCAAAACCACCGAUAAUCAACGAUGUAAUCGAUACGGAUCAAUUUUAUGAUGAUGUUGCAUAUCGAGACAAAUCUAAAAAUUAUAAAUUACCUCAACAAACUACAAAGAAUCUCUCUCCGGAUUUUGUUCGCACGAAUAUUAAUCGACCUGUUCUUUGCGAAAACAUAAAUUAUUCGCAAGGAUCAUCACUUGUGGAUAACGAACAUUAUAAGAUACCACCUCCGCGAUCCGAGUUAUGUUAUCCUAAGUCUCUUCCCAUUAAUCAACAAGUAGACGAUCUAUAUGAUGAUAUCGCUAUUCUCGCAGACUUUACAGCACGACAAAAAGAAGUCUUAAAUAACAGAGAUCAUGAAAAUAUAAUAAGAUCGCAAAGCAGCCCAGAAAAGAAAUCGUGGAAUAGAUUUGUGGGCGGAAAAAAAUCAAAAAUAAUUGAUUCAACGGUUGAAAUAAACGGACGAGUUUUAACCGAAUUGGAAGAUUCAUCGGACGACUGUGGCGAACAACACACUUCAUUGCGAAUGAAUACCUUUCAAAAAUUGAUUAGUAGAAUGGAAAACUCUCUUGGCAAAACAUCUGCUAAAUCAACAUCAUCAAUGUUAUUAAAUAAAACAAAUAUUACAAAUAAUGUUUAAUAUUUUAAAA